CUCACAAUUAAACACCCCAUCACAUUCGAAAAUCUUACACAUUUCAUUUCAAUCAUCUUGUUCAUCCCAAAGAAAUUAGGAGAGAGAAAGUAAGAGAGAGAAAAUGGAUACAGGAGGAAAAGCGAAGAAGGGAGCAGGAGGAAGGAAAGGAGGUGGGCCGAAGAAGAAGCCAGUUACAAGGUCAGUUAGAGCUGGGUUACAAUUUCCAGUUGGUAGAAUUGGAAGGUAUUUGAAGAAAGGAAGGUAUGCUCAACGUGUUGGUACUGGUGCUCCUGUUUACUUGGCUGCUGUUCUUGAGUACCUUGCUGCUGAGGUGUUGGAAUUGGCUGGAAAUGCUGCAAGAGACAACAAGAAGAACAGAAUCAUCCCAAGGCAUGUUCUACUCGCUGUGAGGAACGACGAUGAGCUCGGAAAGCUUCUUGCCGGAGUCACCAUUGCACACGGAGGAGUUCUUCCAAACAUAAACCCAGUAUUGUUGCCAAAGAAGACUGCAGAGAAGUCUCCAAAGGAGCCGAAAUCUCCCAAGGCUACCAAAUCCCCCAAGAAGGCUUAGAUUUUUUAGUGGGUUUGGGCUUUCCCAUCUCUAGUUUGUGUUUUCUGGAAUCUCUGUAUGUAAUGUCAGUAGAUGUUUUUAAUUAGGUUUUUUUUUUUUUUAAUUUUUUUUUUUUUAAUUUGAAAAAAUGGGAUGAUGGGAGGGUUGUAGUUGAGGGUUUCAUCUGUGAAUGGAAUCAGGAUAAUUUGAUUAGAUUCACUGUUCUUUGUAAUGUUGUUGGUAUCAAUGAAAUAUUCUAAAUUUCUUA